AUGUUGCCCACCGAGGUCGAGGAUGCGCUGGGCUCGCCCGGGAUGGAGUUCUGGUCCAGCCCGCCCUCUUACGCCGAAGUCAACGGGAAUACGGAAUUGGAUGAUAACACGGAUCUGAUGUCCCAGGAGCUGGAGGAGGUGCUUUGCUCUGAGCGGGUUGGCAGGAUCACCAAGACCUACCAGGACAUAGACGCGGUCACCAACCUGCUAGAAGAGAAGGAGCAUGACCUGGAGUUAGCAGCCCGCAUCGGGCAAUCGUUGCUGAAGCAGAACCGGAGUCUGUCCGAACGCAACGAACUCUUGGAAGAACAACUUGAAUUAGCAAAGGAAGAGAUAGCUCAGCUGCGCCAUGAAAUCUCCAUGCGGGACGAUCUUCUACAUCUCUACACCAACAGCACGGAGGAGAGCGAGCCGACCACCGCCACCUCUACCCCGUUGCGAAGGAAUGAAUCUGCCCUCUGCCUGCAGCAGUGUUUCCAAUACGACAUCCUGCAGCAGAAGCUGAAAGGGUUGGAGGAGGAGAACCAGAAACUGCGCACAGAGGUCACCACCAUCUCCUCGGAAACAUGUCAGUAUGAAGAACAGGAGCAGAAGCUGAUGAUUGAUUGUGUGGAACAGUUUUCCGAAGCCAGCCGGGAGGUCUUGCUGCUCUCCGAAGAGCUUGCCCGCAAGACCGAGGAUACGGCCCGUCAGCAGGAGGAGAUCAGCCAGCUGUUGGCGCAGGUGGUGGACCUGCAGCAGAAAUGCCACGCGUAUGGCUCAGAAGUGGAGGAACUGCAGCAACACCUGAGGGCUGCCAAGGAGACCCAGCGGCAGCUGCGGACAGAGCUCCAGGACCUGCAGGAGAAAUAUGCCGAGUGCGGGGCAAUGUUGCACGAAGCGCAGGAGGAGAUCAAGACUCUCCGGAGCCGCAGCCUCCCCAACAGCACCAUCAAUCGCCACAGCUCCCCAACCUUCCUGCCCCUGGAUUCCCUGGCUGCGGAGAUCAAGGGUACAAUGAGAAAGGGGACGGAGAGCUCUGGUUCUUCAGAGUACAAGAGCUUUCGGAGGGUCUUUGAGACCGUGAAGGCCGUGAAGCAGGCGGUGAAAUCCAGAUCCCGGGCCGAGUCGCCGCUGAGUUUUCCUUGGGGCUCUUCCAAGCCGUCGUCAAUGGGUUGCAGCCGCUUGAGCACCCCCCGCACCAGCUACUACGGAUCGGACAGCCCCGUUGCAGGAGGGAUGGAGGGGCAGGACAGCCAGGCUCUCGGAGGUCCUCAUGGCGCCCGCCGGGAGGAGCUCGGGACAUCCUCAGGCACCCCUGGCCGGCAUGACCUGGAAGCUGCCCUCCGGUGCCUGUCGGCCCGCCAGGAAAGCCACAGCACAGAGCGCUCGUUCUUUGAGGUGGAGCGUGAGAGCAAGCUCAAGCGCCUGGCCCGGGACCUGGAGGACUCCAGCGGCUUCCUCACCCCCAACGAGAGCGUUGCUUCUACCGGCACCAACUAUUCGGGCAGCUCCGGAGGCUCCGGCUUCUCCCUGGGCUCAUUCUCAUACUUCCCUGAUAAGCUUCAGAUUAUCAAGCCUUUGGAAGGCUCCGUGACCCUCCACCACUGGCAGCAACUCGCUCGGCCCAAUUUGGCCGGCGUUCUGGACCCUCGUCCUGGCGUGCUUACCAAAGACUUCCGGCCACUCGAUGUAGACCUGGAAGAGAUCUACAACCUGAACGACUUGGAGGAAGAUGACGUGGACGCGAGCUCCUUUCCCGCCCUCGCUACCUCGACUCCUGCCAAAGUCAAGGAGAGACCCAGUGUCUUCCACUCCGUUAACAAUCUGCCCCAGACCCCGCCUACUUUCACCAUCACCACCUGUUGCAUCUUGCACCCUAGCAACGAGGUCACCACGGUGACGCCCAGUCUUUAUAAUACAGUUGUGUCCUCUUGUGGGCCCCAUGCGGGGCUGAGCCCCCCUCCCCAGCUCCCCCUGCAGCAAGAGCCCAUCCACAAACUGCAACGGGACUCUCCUCUUGGACUGGCGACUCUGCUGGCAGAGCGAGGCAUUUCAGCACAGAGCAGAGCCGGGUCAGUGGUGGCCCCACCCGUCUUUGCGGAAGCCUCCAGCUCCCUGGGUUGGCUGUCUCCUUCCUUGGCGUCGCUGCAUCACUGCCGCUGGGACGGCCUGGCCGAGCGGGUCUUGCGCUCGAGUUGGCUGCGGCAGAGGGAAGGCUGGAAGAGCCAGAGCAGCAUCUUCAGCAUGAACCUGGUGGAGAAACUGCAGCGGCUGGGGCUGGACAAGGUGGUGGCCAGAGGGGAAGCCUCGUACACAACCUCACACCUUCGGGGGGCUCCACCGGAGGAAGAGAUGCCUGUCGUGGCUCUGCGGUGA